AUGGCUUCUUCGCUAGCUGAUGCUGCGGCAGCGGGGGCCGUCGCCGGCGGAGGCGGAAGGCCGUGGCGGGAGUUGCGGCCGCUCUCUGUGCUCGGUCCGCCUCGCUCGACCAGCAAUCGCCGUCGUCACCAAAGUCAGAUGCCCUCCGCCAUCUCGGGAUCUGCCCGACGUCCAUGGAAUGCGGUCUCCUGCUGUCGCCGGUCGUUUCGUAUUGGAGCGGCGUCCUAUCUGCAACACUCGGGGAGUUUCAGAGAUGAUGAGGGAGGAGCCGGAGUGGCGGAUGGCCUCCGAGGGAAUCUGAGCGCGGGAAUCGCCCUUGUUCAGUCGUUGCUUCCAGGGGGCGGUUGGUGGUCGCUCGACAAGAUCGUCGGGGAAGGAACGAAGAAGGAUGGGGAUGGGGGGAAGGACGUAUCUGUCCUCUUCGCCCUCGGAAGGAUGCGGCAGCUAGUGGCCGGUGACCAGUGGAUCAUCUACGGUGGCUUUGCCUCUCUCCUACUUGCUUCGGUACAGCCCCUUUCGUUUUCAUACGUUCGAAGGUCAGCUUUAAAAUGAGAUACUCCAUCCUUAUCACCCAACGGGGUGCCUGUAGUUUCGGGGCGUGCAUGUUGUUAUAUUAGUAUUGAAGGUGUAACAUCCACUUGGACAAGUUAUAUAAGGGAGUCAAACGUGGCGGGCCUAAAGCCUAAGUUGAGGAUCCACUUGAACAGACCGCAAUAGAUACAUGCCUUGAAAAUGCUUGUUAGAAAUUUUGACAAGAGGGAAAAGUAAUCAAUCUGAGACCUAAUAUUGGAAUGCAUUAAGGAUGGGAUACUGUGGAAUGUAUUGAGCAUUGUUCAUCGUGGAUCACUAGUUCUCUGUUGCUAAACUGGGGACCAAGUUUUGGUAUGAGCUGGGUCUUCAGCUCGUGUACACUUUUCUUACAUAAUAUGUCCCAUUUGAACUCGCUUGAAACUUGAGUCAUGUGAGUUUAAGGUUCUGCCAGAGUGGAGAAUUCCAAUCGCUUAUGACAAGGUGAUAAGUGCCCCUUGUUAACACCCCUAUUUGAUUGCAAUCCUGGUCUUGUCAGAUGCAUGGAGACUCUAUCGCCAUAAGUAACAUUAAAUAGUUUGCCUUCUUCACCUUGAACUCACAUAUACUAAGGAUUGUAAAAAGUUUGAGGAUGAAAUCUUAUUGAUGAUAAAAAUUCACAAGCAGCUCCAAAAAAAUAUAAAAAGCGAUACCUUUCAAAUCUUUUCCCCAGUAACUUCCCUAUCAACAAUCAAACAAACCCUUGGACACUAAAGUUGAUCAAAUAUAUCAUCAGUAGUUGGUUGAUGAAGUCUUGAUCUUGGGCUACUGAUACACCAGUUAUGCCAGUUUUGAUAUUUGACCAAGAAAUUUGUGUUGGAUUUCCCAUUAAAUCAGUACUAAGCUUGAUCUCCACAUAAAAAGCUUACUCAAAAAGGCAUUACUAGGCUUCAGAUUGGUUCAAUCUUGUGCUCAUGCAAUUGUAUAUUAUCUGCUCCAGGUUCUCUACAAAUGAUGCCGGAAGAGAAAGUGAGGUUAACUUCCUCAUUGUCAUCUCAAGUUUAAUUUAUUUAUUAGACUAGCUUAGCUUAACUCCAAAAAUGAAAGCUCAUGUAUGGUGCCACGAAAGAAUUGUGGAAUUGCUGUCGAAAGAAUUCUGUCUGUGGACAGAGAUUGUACUCCAUUUCUAAUGGUGGAAUUUUUUUGAUUUAAGUCUAACAUUUUCAUUUUCAUCUUUUUUUGACCUGAGCGCUUAUGAUGACUUUUUGAGUCCAGUGAUUUUUAGUGAAUUUUCAGUUGGGAUGUUAGAGUUGCAUGACUUUGAUCAAUUAGGUUAGGUUUUGAAAUUUUCAAGUUUUAACAUUCGAACUUUUUUCUAUUUAAAUGAAUUCUAGUUAUCCCUAAAAGCGCUGUAUUUGAAAAUUAAAAGUUUGAAUUUCUAACGAAAAAUGUCUGAACAGUGUCCACGAGGUUCAUUCUACGAUUCAGCAGCCCUUCCCAAUCUAUAUCCUGAUGUGAAUGUAUUGUUUCCAUUUAGUAAUUAUUCAUUUUGAGGUUUAUCGUCUCAUUCCUUUGUGGACAAGUAAACCUACCAUCCUUCUUCCCCAACUCCAUUGGUGAUCUUGCUGCUAAAACAUCUGUGGAGGCAGAUGUUUGGAAACUAAAAUGUCAUGGAUGUACUCUGCCCAGUGCUUAAGGGUUCAAAUAGCUAUAACUCACAAUUUUGUUCACGUGUUUCUUUUUUCUCAAGGAGAGUGGAUAGGACUAGUUGAACCUAAAAGGAACAAGAGCCAUGACUUGAAUUGUAUGGUUGAGUUCUAUCCUUUUGACCUUUUUCAAGAGGGAUGAUCGAGGCAAUGGGGAGAGGGAGAGAACAUCUGAGGAAAUAUUAACGAGAACAGGAAAUACUAUUAAAUUUUUAGCGAAAGAUUGUCGAGCUAUUAAAGUAGGAAUGAGGGGAUAGAUGAAUUUCUAGCAUUUAGAACAUUAGAGAGAACUCAAAUUCAUAACACAGCUCAAGGGUAAUGAAAAAAAGUUGCCUACAAUAUCUUCCAAAACGGUUUACACAUACUGCUAAUGGAACUCAGGAUAUCUUCCAAAACGUUGCCUACAAUGCUCAACGGUAUACCUACGAAAAAUUUAUCUACCGGAACUCAGGAUAUUUCAUUAGAUAAAUCUUUUUAAUGAUUCUUCCUCAACCCACACACUUUACCAUGCUUGUCGAAUGACUUCAUUUGAGCAUGCUUAUGUUUAUUUCCUCUUCUAGAUGUGCCCGCUUUAAUAUCUUGGACAGCAUUAACCACUCACGUAGUUUUUUUUUGGAAGUUGUUCAGCCUAUAUUUUUUGGAUAUUGUACUGUUUUUUUCAUGAAAUCCUUCAUAUGAAUGCUAUGACCAUUUUUAGUUACUUUGUGCUGAGCUCAGGAAGUAAGCCCAAUUGGCCUAGUCUUCUAUGGGUGUAGUUUUGUUGCCAUCUGUCUCAUGUGGGACCGGCUCAUGCUAUUUAUUAGAAUUUUUUUUUAAUAACAUAAAUCUGAAACUGAACAAAAAAAUGAUAUGAAGUUGUCAGAGGUACUGAAAGAAGGGUUAGGAUUGCCUUUGCAUUACCCAACCUUUUACUUUUACUUUAACUUGAUUUAGUUAGCUUCUGGGAUUAAGUCUUGUUUCAAUUACAUUAAAAGUAUAUUACCCUCUUAAUUUUUCUUUUGCCUCCGUUUCUACGUUAAUACUUACUAUUACAAUAUAAUCUUCCUUACUAGUUAUCAUUGCUUUUCUCACUUCAUAAACUUGCUUCAGAUGUUCUGCAAAUAUUUCGCCCUAACCUGUUGUUCUUAGCUCUCUAAUGGAAUCAGAUCAAGGUGCCAUGGGUUUAGACCAUAAUCUGUUUCAGAUUAAGUUUUUAUUAGUUUAUUUGAUGAAUGGCUUGCAGAAAUUUGGUUUACAAUUUCUAAUGUGCUAUGCCAAUACAUGAUUACUGAUCAAGUAUCUUAGCAUCCUUCUGAAGCUCAGAUUAGUGACAACCCUUUGACUAGUUACGUCUGCCGGAAAACUUCAAUUGCAUUUCCAUCUUCUUAAUUAAGACCUACAGAAAUGUAUCAAAAUUUUAUCAAAGAUAAUGGAAGUGAAGAAAACUUGCCAGGAUUAUGUGUAGCACCGACAGUGUUUAGCACCAACGAUUUUAUUCUUGUAGCUUUAAUGUUCUUGGGUAUUCUGAAAUAUCUGUGUUUUCAGUCUGAUGAUUGAUUGUAUUCUUGCAGUUUUCAGAUCUUUGCAUUCCACAUUUCUUGACAGCAUCAAUAUUUUCCGCUCAGAGUGGUGAAGCCAUGUUGUUCUACAGAAAUACAAAGAUUUUGCUUUUGCUGUGUUUGAGUUCUGGUAUAUUCAGGUUCACAUCUUAUGGAAGAACAUUAUGUCACCAAUGAGUGUCUCAUUUCAAUUAUUUGAUUGUUCAUUUGUUGGGUUGUCCUUUAAGUGUAUAUUUGUCAUCCUACGCACAUGCAUUGUUGAUAAGUAUUUUGAUUUAAGUGUUUAGAUAAAAUUUUUCAUUUCAUGUAUUAGUCCAUUUUCCUCUGAUCAAUUUGCCUUUAAGUUAUGUUACAUAACUUGAUAGAUCUCUCUUUCGCCUUCUUGAGGAUAUCAUCUUAUAAGGAAGUUUUUCGUCAUUAAUUUAAUGUGGGAUGGGGUUGUUAGAAACUUAGUGCCAAGAUAUUUGAUCAGGCAGCUACCACCAAGAUAUUGGACCAACUAUCAAGCUCUUGCUACUAGUGGAGAAAGGCCUUCCCGUUAUGGUAAAUACCAGAUAGGUAGCCCAAUUGGUAGUGGCUGGCAAAACAUGACUACGAAAAAGUCAAGUACGGAGAAACAAGGGAAAGUGGCAAUCUAUGAAUUGAUUGGCUUCUAAGUCCUGAGGAGGAGGGGGCUUAUGGAAGAUUGUAAACGGUUGUACCACUGAACAACUGGACAUGAGAGCAUCAAAGGUCGAAAUAUGCUGUUGAUAGUUUACAUGAUUGAUUCGAACCCACGAUGGAGUGGAUGCACAAGAGAUGAAGGAAACAAAAGAACAAGCAUUUGAUAACUACUUUUCACCAUAGGAGUACAAUCCUCAAGUAUUUGAAAAAUAUACUAUUAAAACACUUCGUUCUGGAUAGAUGGACGCAACAAGAGAGUGAAUGCAACACUCUGUUCCCUGUGUGAGAAUUUAGAUAUCUUCCCUUGUGAAUACAAAAAAUACAUCUAUAAAUAAAGGAGCAUUCGCAGGACCUACUAUUACCCCAGGAACAUAAAAGGGUUGGCCCUUGAAGGAGGGAAAGGAAACAGUGGAGAUCUGUAUGCAUAUCUCAAUUAAUCCCCUGGUUUUCUCUGACAGCUUUCUAUGUUUUGAUUCCUGCUGAUACAAAGGGUCUGUCACAAGGAGCCGCCUUCAUCCUGAAUUAAACUCCUCUCAUGAAAAAUUACAUAAUUUUUCCUGCUUAACAAUGUGCCCUUUUCCUGCAAAUUCAAUACCGAUUUCACAUUACUAACAUUUGGUUUGCCUCCAACACUCUUUCUUCAUAUAUUAAUUCUUUAUUUGAUCACACAAAUUCUUUCCAGCCCUGAAAUUUGGUAACCAUUUUUUCAUGGACCUAUGUGAAAUCCCUUUUAGGGAACUCAUGCUUUCUGUGACUCUUUUUAUCAUAUCUUAUUUAAGUUUCGUUCGAGCACUGCAUCACGAACGCAGAAACCCUAGGUCGCGAAUAAAGGGUGAAAAUUAACACGCUCGAGUUGAUUAUAGUUUGGGUCUGGUAUUUAUAACAGACCGGCAGUACAGGGGUUGAACCGGACUGGACUGGGCCAGUUAGACACUAAAAAAUAAAGAAAAAAUACAACAAAGAAAAGAAAAAUCGCAACUUAUUCCGACAGUUUCGUACUCGUGGUCAAGAUAAACUUUGCCUUCGACUGGACACAUGGCUAGUCUUCAUGUAUCACGGAAUUUGAAAAAUAAACUUGUUGGAUUGAUUAGAUGUACCUUCUUUGGAGGAGAAACAAUAUGAGUUUCUAUUUUAGGAGUGAAAAAUCGGGCAAUAUUCUCAACAGGAAAGUAACUCUUCAAGAAUAAGGUUGAUUUCUGAUAGUUGGUAAAAAAAGAAUUGAGUGUGUUUACAGUUGUAUGUGUUGUUAUUGUUAAUUUUAUAAUGUUUUGAUGUCAUCAGACGAUGACUUAAAUUAUCAGGCUGAAAACCUGACCAGUAGUUGUCUUCAGCUUUCAUUGACUGGAUUAAGAAAGGUUCUCAAUGAAAUUAUCACUGUGUUUGAUUUAAAAUAAUGUAAUUAAUUAGAUGUUGGCAUACUGUUAAUUAGAGUUCAAAUUUUCUGUUUCACGCUUUUAAAUCCCAAAAACGUAAUUUUUUUUUUGUCAUCAUUUGCAUUUCUGGGGGGAAUAUCUCGUCUUAUGUUGUCAUGUCCAAUUUUUUCUGUACUAAUUAUGCUAAGAGUUUGAUUUUUGAUUUCUCAUUUCAUGUGAAAUGUAGUGGUUUACGAGGUUGCUUUUUCAGCAUCGGAAAUAUGAUCCUGGUACAAUAAUGGACCUCUAUAGCCACAUUGUUCUAGGUCUAUUUAUUUUUGCUAGAUGUUUUUGGCUCCAAUCUUGGUAAGAUAUUUUUCCAUGUUCUGACAUUCCUUUGCCUUUACAGGUCAAACGAAUGAGAGAAAUGGUGUAUUCUACACUCAUACUCCAGGUUAAUGGAAUUAAUCAAGUUCGAGAAGUUACUUCUGUUUCAUAUAAUUAAUUUAUCACAGGCUAUGUUUUGACCUAGGGUAACUGUACACCAUCAUAGUCUAUCUUUCGAUAUGACAUAUUGUUGGAAUCAGUGAGAAAUUGCAUUUUGCAUUGUGUAGGAUAUAUCCUUUUUUGACAAGAAAACGGUUGGAAAUUUGACAAGUAGACUUGGGGCAGAUUGUCAGCAAGUAUCCCAAGUCAUUGGAAAUGAUCUCAAUUUGAUAUCUCGUAAUAUCCUUCAGGUGAUAUUCUGCAAAUGCAAGUCAUCAUCUUCCAUAUAUCUACUAGACUAGUAUUUGGAAAGUAAAAUUAAUUUUCUUCACCACUUUUCAGGGGGCUGGUACAAUGGGAUAUUUAUUUGUCCUAUCUUGGCAACUUGCUCUGACGACAUUGGGUAUCUGCUUCAUCUUGGCAACUGUAAUGACCUUCCAUGGCCGGUGAGAUAAUUUUCAUCAUAUAUUUUGUGUAAAAUUCUAAUGUUUUCUCGUUUGUUGUUCCAUUUAGAAGUCUCUUUUAAGGUGACUGUGUUUUUGGUUUGGUUUUGCUGUUUGUGAGUGUUUCAUUGAUUUGCACAUCUUUUGAGAUGUUCGUGGGAAUUUCAUUUAUUAACCUCGUUGAGAGACAUUCUAUUACACUGUUGGAAUUUGUAUCAUUCUGAUUGAUCAUACUUAGUGCUAAUUAUAUUAUUCUACAAUUGAUCGUCAAUGUUGCCUUAGAAAAAUGAAACAAUGGAUGCAACUAUCAUGCCAUGUGAUCCCUUUCAUCGGCAUCCUUUGUGUUGCAACAGUCAUGUACAUGAUGAUGUUGCUUGUCUAGGACCUAUGGGACGAAUUUGGGGACUCCAUUUUCCAUGAGAUGGGAAAUCGGUAGAAGCUCUCACGCAGAGCUUGUUGCUUAGUUUUGGCUCUUUCUGCACUUCAAGGCCAUCAAGAUCAGCAUUUGUAUGCCUUGUUGGUGUUUCUUUCAUCUUCUUCUCAGGACCAAAGGUUAUAGAGCUCUUUUGGAUGAGUCCUAUGUAGUUUAGGCCCACAUGUGGCGUAGUCAAGGAGGAAAACUCGUCUGAUGGUAAAUUUUUCUUGCCCUGACCCUAUCCCUUCUUAUGCUGCUUGAAUGCUUAACCCUGAGAAAUGUCUGGAGAUCCACGUGUUAAUGAGCGUCCUUCAAAACUCCACAGCUGCCUCAUCUCGAAGUAGAGGCAAAGAGUUCAAUGCUGUUGUUGAUGGUUUCUUCAUAGUGAUGUUGUUGCUCAGGUUCCGUUCUAUUAGUACCAUAAGGAAGAAGUUAAAAGGUGGGAUUGUAGAAGCCACCUGGCAUUUUAGUUUCAUUGUACAUGCCAUUUGUUGAGUGCCAAUAGAUUGCACCAAAUGGACGCCAAUGGAUUGCGUUUUUCAUCUUUUAGCCUUUAGCUGUUAAUAAUAUGAAUGACGCGCACAGAGAAUUGGAAGAGCUAAUAUCAUCUUAAAUGAGAGCAGCUAAGUAAAAAUGUCAACGUCUCACAUCAACAAAAGAAAAUAUGGCAUAAAGCCUUCCAUGGUGGCAAUGGCUCUAUUCUUCUGUACGUUGUAUGUCAAUUUGGUAACAAUGGCUCAGUUCUCCUGCACAUUUUAUCUUAGCAGAUAUCUAACAAGAGAGAAGCAGUAAACUUUUGCUCUCGUUUUCAUUUUGGAUGGAGGUGUAUGCUGCAAAAGUAUUCAUUGCUCUACAUCUGAAGUUUAACUUCUCCUACUCUGCUUAAUAGGUACCAAAAGAAGGCAGCAAAAUCAAUUCAAGACAUAACAGCAAAUGCUAAUGAUGUAAGUAAUGGCUAUUUUUUACUUGAAAUUUUCUAUUGAGAUGCUUUACAUUUAAUGGAUAAAAUCCUUAUUUCUAAUGCAUAAGGUUGCUCAAGAUGUGUUCACUUUGAUAAGGACAGUUCGGGUUUUUGGAACAGAGAAGCAAGAAUAUGAAAGGUGCUAUCAGUUGUUAUCCUCUCUUUAUCAUGCUUACUAUUCAUCUGUUAUGACUAACUGUUCAUGCUUUCAUGGUUACAGAUACCUAAAAUGUCUGAAAAAGUUGGCUGAUAUAGGUUUGCGACAAAGUAUUGUUUACGGAUUGUGGAAUUCGAGCUUCAGCAUCUUUUAUCAUUUUGCCCAGGUUUGUUUCAAUGACCAAGGUUUCAUGUCUUGAUUUUGUCUGCAUCGUUAUGGCACCUGUAUAUAGCGUGAUACAAUGUUUUAAAGACAAGUGGGUAUAAUAUCACUGAUCACAUGCUGUUGAAAAUGCGUCUAGUCUUUUCAUUGAUUUUUACAGUGUCUCUGAUAUUAUUAAGCUUCUCGUGGUGUAUUUAUGUUUUGGUUGUUAGGUGCAUGUGGUAGCCAGCACUUUUUUAUUUUGUGUCGUGCAGCCAACUAUUCGCCAAUGUAUAUUGACUAUUACUGAAGAUUGUCUAUCAACUGUACAUUGACCUUGGGGACGUAGAUGUUAUAUCUUAGUCUCCCUUGGUUUUUUCUGGAGUUGUUCUUAUGAGAUGGUUUUUACUAAUCAUAAGUUAUGUUUCUUUGUGAGACGUUUAGAAGAGUUUCCAUUAUUUAGUAGACUGCAAGGGAAAGGGAUAUGCGAUAACUAUGGUAUACUUACUGACCUAUAGAAUUUUUUGAGAAGAAAAGGAUGUGAUGAUUCUUUCCUUAAUGUGAAAGGAACUUGGUGUCCCCAACAACGUUGAUCUAAAACUUCGCAGGGUAAAAAUGCCCUAUUAGGUCAGAGAUAUGUUUCCGUCUAGUUCUAAGUUAUGCUUUAUCUAGGUAGAUCUGUUAAUGAGACAAAAUCUUCACUUGUAAACCUUGAGAAUUUCGGGCGCCUAUUUAAGGGACAGGACUGUGCAAAGACUUCUCUUCUUCAACUUUCUUUUACGCCAAUUUUUUUUAAUUGCCUUGGAUGAUUAUUAUUUGGAUCAUGUACCUUUUUUUGAAGGUGAGAAUGCCUUGCUAUGCCUAUUUUCUUCUUGCACAUUUUUAAUGAUUUAGUUCCCUAAUUAAAUUGUUUCUGUUAUUCUCUGAUUAGUCUUUAAUGGAUGGUACGAAUUUUACAGGCGAUAGCUGUGCUAGUUGGUGGAGCAUCUAUUAUGGCUGGGCAUUUUUCAGCAGAGCAACUUACUAAAUUUAUUUUAUACUCCGAAUGGUCAAUUUUUGCAACAUGGCGGAUGGCAGAUAACUGGUCAUCUCUAAUGCAGUCAGUUGGGGCAAGUCAAGAAGUCUUCAAGCUAAUGGAUCUCCGGCCUGCCAAAGAAUUUCUAAAGGGAGGUUAGUAUGUCGAACAAUUUCCUUUGAUUCGAAAGUACUUGCACCCUUUUAAUAUUCUGACAGUGUUUUGUUGUCUGGAGUUUCUGUGGUCCUACUGUAGCCAUGCCAUAUAUCGUUAGUUCUAGGUCCUUAGGUUUGAAUAUUAGACAUCAUUAACCUCGAUAACCGAGUCUUGAAGAUGCUUUAUCUUGAUUUUUGCAUUGGUAUUUGGCAGUUUUGCUUUACAUCUCUACUAUCCCUACUCAUCUUCAACAAUCUGUACUACUAUUGCCUUCUGAGAACCAAGUUGAACUGCAUGACAUGACUCACGUUGCUUUUAACUUGACCAGGUAUAGUAUUUUCUUCACAAAGUUAACAAUCUUGCUUAUAGAAACAGUCAGUGGGUCAGCCACCAAUAGCCAAGGUCCUCAGCUAGGGAUGACACUGGUAUACUUUAAAGAAAGAACUUGUAGAGUCUGUCAUUGCAUGUGAUGAACCAAAGUUUGUCGUCACAGUAUCUCGACCCGUUCCUUGUUUUUAUUGCAUGCCAUGCUUAAGCUUUUUCUCUUUCCAUUAGCUUCAUAAUGGACAAAGUUUCUGAUCAUUCCUCUCAAAUACUUCAUCCAGUGAGUCAGGACCAAACCACUAGCUGGAAUCAUCAAGUAGUUUUGGAACCUCACGUGGAGAUGUAGUAUCUACCGGUUUGGGAUUCCGUGACAGUGGCUGACAAGUUUACCUUGCAUUAUUGAAAGAAAAUUGGUUGGAUUUUGGCAUUGACCACCUUCACGCGAGGUAUACCCAUAGACCAAUGUGUAUGGAGAGGCAAUACUUAGACGACCUUCCAGAACCUCAAAACCCAAUCGGACUAGGCUCAAAGGAGGUGGGUUGAUGAACUCUCAGGUGUUUGUGGACAUCAGAUGAACAAAUAUGUCUGCAAUUGUUGAACGUGUGGUUCAAUCUCUCCUUCAGUCUGGAAGCUGUUAUUUUAUCAUCCAUUACUAUUUUGACGUAUCAUGUUCUUGGAUAGGGGAGAGAACUCAAAGCAACUUUUUGCCAACACAUAGCCUAUGGAAUGAGGUUAGAGAUAUCUUAUGGUGCUGCCAUGACUAAUGAAGUUAUUGACUAACAUCCUUUACCUUAAUGCUUGCGACUUGCGGCCUGAGCUAACCAAGAUCAUAAAUAAGAAUUCCAAUGAGCUGUCUGUCAAUCGAAAACUCAUGGAUGAAGUGAAUUUACUGUGGUUGGCCAAAACUACAACAGCUUAGCUCUCCAUCAUGUUUUAAAUCAUACCAGCUUUUAUUGAGCUUGCAGACAAAAUUUUCCUUCUAUUGAACUGAAAAACUUCCUGCUUGUAUCUCACAAAUUCCCUUUUGUAAUAUAUCAAACUUACCUCAUUAGAAAUAUUCAUAUGCUUUUUGUUCGUUCGUGUGACCAAACAUAUGGCCUAGUUUUGGAUGGAACAGGCUUUCUAUCAAGUAUUCUUUGUGCCCUCAUUAAUUCACUCUCAACUGCCCGUUCACUUCUCCCUACUGUUGGCUUUAUGGAAUAUCUAGUUCCACUCUAACUCGUGCGUUGUAUGGUCGCUGUGGAGCUAGAUUACUUCCUGUUCAACAGUUCUAUCUUUACUGUUAGUUAGUUGGCAGAAGAUUGUGGUAUUAGUGACUUUGUUGUCAGGCCAGGUUGUCCAGGGAUCCUUGUAUUUAAGGGGUGACUCAUCUCUAGUAAUUGUAGCCUCUUCAUGGCUGAGGAUUACUUCUGGCAUAGACUUAAGAAAAUACAAAUAAUGUUCAAAAUCCUUAUGUUCUUGUGUAUGUUUCUCUUCUCUUCCUCCUUUGUGUUGAUAUUUUUCUUUUAAUUGUUUCUCACGGGUCAUCAAAGGGUCUCACCUUGCUUCAUAGUCUUCAAUCAUCUUCCUCAGGGGUCAUGGUAGCUUAACAAGGCUACUCUUGCAGAAGUUGUACUCAACCUGCAUAAUUCAGGUUCCCUACAUUCAGGCUUGUGAUUACUGCACAAGACUGCAUUGUCUUUGUGUGGUUUGAAAGUACCAAGUGCUACAUUUUCACUUUCAUUGUUAAUUUUUUUCGUUAAACUAGAGACCAUUUUUGUAACGGUUUGAAUUAAGCGUACUGGAAAUAUGGUAUGUGCAGUCUGUUUAUAGCAAUACUUGUCAUGUGUAUAAUCAGCAUUCUGUAUAACAUCAGUCGCACUUCACUGUAUAUGCAAAUAAUGCUCAAUGCAAAAGUUAAUCCCUAACGAGGUACACUUUAUUGGCAAUCUUUCUAUUGUGUAUGGUUCAAUGUUUCACAUUCUUCAUUGUUAUUUUCUUCAUUAGUUCUGCUGAUUCAGUUGUAUGCAAUGGCAAACAUUUUAAAUAAGUUCUCUUUCUAUCUUUUAGGUGAGAAAUUGCAAAAUUUGACUGGUUGUGUUGAGUUUGCUAACGUCUCAUUCCAUUACCCGUCAAGGAAAACUGUAAGUUUAUUUUCAGUAGUUUAUAUUCUUCAAUGUCUUUGUUAGUUAGAUUGGUUGUUUCUAAAAGGUAGAUACAAAUGUUAGAUGAGAUGGAAAAAGGCAAGGAAAAUGUUGUAUUCUUUGAGAAUCGGCGAUUGGUGGAAAGGAAUACUAUGUUGCCUUCACAUUUUGUGGCAAUGCCUCUGGUACUGCUUAGUGGGAAGGUGUAGGGUAGGGUUGAACAAUGUUUCCAGAGUUAGAUUUGAUUUUUAGGGUCUUAUAUUUUAUUUUAGAAUCAACUUUGAAAUACUCUAGCAAUUGCAGCAGAAAGUAGAAAAAAUGUGCUGCUUUAUUUUUCUUAUGUAGUUUGACUAGAUCCUCUAGUUUGUGCAGCCAAUUGUAUAGAAGGCAAUGCUACUUUAAAAUAUAUCUUUAAUUCUUAUUCCAUAAAUGCGUCCGUGUUGAAAAUAUAUUUUUUUCAUCUCGUGACCUUUUUCUUUCGAAAUUUUAUCCCUAAUUAUUUAGGUUGAAAGUGAGCUAUUUGUAAAAUGACCAAUUGGAUUUAAGGGUGUGAAUGAGUCAACUGCAGCACUUGGCUCAGCUUUGUUUCGUUUGAUUUUCCCGGGAUUGGGGAUUAGAAUGAAGAUUGAAAAGAAAAUAUGGAAUGCUCCCUCUCUCUCUCCCAUAUGCUGGAUUCAAGCUUCAAACUUAUUUUUCUUGCUGCAUGACUAAUUUACAUUAGUCCCUGCGGUAGCUCGUAAAGGAAUUGGGUCGACUAGUAAUUUUAUGCAUAAAUACGGGCCAUUUAUUCAAAAAUACCUCUUUAAUGAAACCAGAGAUGGUGGUUGGUCAUCCGGUUGGAUGGGUCCAUUUUUUUAACUUAUUCUGUUAGCGACGUUCCAUUGUUAUUCAUCUCUCUUUGAUUUAAAUAAUUGUUUUGUUGCUAUGUUUUUUUUCUACCAUGAAUUGUGGAGUGUCACAUUUGUGCAGAUACCGGUUCUGGAAAAUAUAAAUUUGGCUAUACGUCCAAAUGAAGUUGUUGCGAUUGUAUGUACAAUUUUCAUUUUCUUUGUUUUGGUUUAUUACAUAAAAAGUUAAUUUUCUUAACUAUAGCGAAAAAUAAUCAUUUCAACCACUUUUCAGGUUGGCCUUAGUGGCAGUGGAAAAAGCACAAUUGUAAAUCUUCUUUUAAAUCUCUAUGAGCCGACAAGUGGUCAGGUGAAUUUUUAUGUUUAUGUCAACAUAUUACAAUGAAAAAAUUCUAGAAGAUAAAAAAUUGCUAGCAAUUAGAAACUAUCUUGUCAAGAAUUCUGGCGAUUUUGCCUUGCAAAGUGAAUUAUCUUCCUGGAUUAAUUUAUGCUGUCAGGUGUUAGCUUAUUGAACAAAGUUUAGCAUACAUGUAUAUUGUUGUGAUGGCAUAAGGGUAACCCUUCAACGCAGAAGUUUGUGAAGCCCUUUGAAAAUUAUAAGAAAUCAGAACUGUGGUAUUUAGAAUAGUGAUAUUUUUUGCUGAUCAUCUGAAAAGUCUUAAAAAUCAUGCCCUUUUAAGAUUAUAAGAAGUCAGAACAGUGGUCAUUACAAUUACAGUAUUCCUGGCGGGUUAUCUGAAAAGACCUAUAAAACAUAGUUUUUUUAUUAUCUUAAGAAAGUAAAUGAACGAGAAGGUGAAUUUGUACUCCAUUGCGUUUAUGUUGUUUGGAGGAAACAUUUCUGUCUUUUGAAGUUGAAUCUAAUGAUAAUGUUGAAAUCCCUCAUUUAUACCUACAAAUGAACAAAUUCUGGAAAUGUUCAAAUGUUUUGCCUAAUUUUCAAUAAAAUUACACAAUUCUCUUGUUAUCUGUGAUUUCAAGAGUUUGCAAUUUGUUCGAAACUUAUGUUGUCAGUAGAUGCACAGGCCUCUGAUCUCUGCCAUGCUGCUCCAGUCUGUCCUCUCUCGUAGUGACGGCAGCAAGCACACCAAGGAUAUAGGAGAGGAAGAAGAAAGGCCGAAGCCCUAGAUUUCAAUUCAAGUUAAGUUCGAAGGUUUACACAUUGGUUGGUAUUUAUACGAACCAACUAUCAUAAAACAAGAGAGGGAGAACCAAACCGGUUCAGUCUAUGACCAUAUUAAGAGAUAUAAUGAAUAGAAAAAUUAAAAGAUUAGAAACACAAAAAAAAGAUUAUUCACUUAUUUCUAACACUCCCUCUCAAGUUGGUGAAUGUAUGUUGUCCAUUUACAACUGAUAGACGAGAUGAUUGAAGAUGCUGAUGUGUAGUCUUUUUGUGAAUAUAUUUAUAAUUUGAUCAGUUGUAGGUACAUAUGGAGUACAGAUCAGCCCCCUAUCUAAUUUUUCUUUUAUGAAGUGACAAUCAAUCUCUGCAUUUAGUUCUGACAUGUUGAAUAAGAUUGUGAGCAAUACUGAUGGCCGAUUUAUUAUCACAAUAAAGCUUUAUUAGACCAUUUAUCUUGAUCUUCAAAUCUUUCAAAUACCUUGUGGCAUAGCUCGAAAUUCAGCUUCUGCACUUGAUCUAGCUAUAACACUUUAUUUCUUACUCCAAGUAAUAAGAUUUCCUACAAGAAAUGCACAAUAUGUAAGCUAUAGCACUUUAUUUCUUACUCCAAGUAAUAAGAUUUCCUACAAGAAAUGCACAAUAUCUAGAUGUUGACCACCAAUCUACAAUAGAUCCAGCAUAAUUUACAUCUGUGUAUACUUAAGGUGUUAAAUGAUCAAGAUUCUUGAACAAAAUUCCUUUCCUUGAUGUUCCUUUUAGAUAGUGUAGAACAUGAUAUAUUGCCUGCAAAUGUAUUUACUUUGGACUGUGCAUGAAUUGGCUAAUUACAUUGACUAUAUAAACUAUGCCUGGUCAUGUAUGUGAUAAAUAGAUCAAUUUACCUACCAAUAGUUGAUACAUCUCUUUAUCCAUAGUAAUGUCUUCCUCAGCUGUACUUCGCUUGAGAUUAAGAUCAAUUGGAGAGUUAACUGGUUUGCAAGUUGUUUUACCAAUUUCUUACAGCAAAUCCCAUUACAUAAUUUUGUUGAGAUAAGAAAAUAUAAUUCUUGGAGUAAGCAACUUCAAUACCUAGAAAGUAUUUUAAUCUUCUUAGGAUUUUCAUUUCAAAUUCGUAGGAUAAACAUUGAUUGAGGAGUUUCUUUUUCCAAUCACUAUUAUAUCAUCAAUGUAUACUAUUAGGAUCGUUACUUCCUCUAAAGGUGAAUGUUUGAUAUAUAAUGUCUGGUCACCUAGACUUUAUUUAUAUUCCAUCUUGUGCAUAACCUUCAUAACUUUAUCAGACCAAGCUUGAGGAGAUUGUUUAAGCCCACGCAAUGGUUCCUUCAAUCUACACACUAUAGUAGCAUCUAAGUUCUUCUCAUAUCUAUGUAGUACCUCCAUAUAGAUUUCCUCUUCUAACUGUCCAUGUAAAAAUAUAUUUUUAAUAUCAAAUUACUGAAGAUUCUAAUCAAAGAUAGUUUCUAAUGACAAAAUUAUCCUGAUUAUAUUUAUUUUUGCCACUAGUGCAAAAGUUUCAACGUAAAUGAUUCCAUAAAUUUGUGUGUACCCUUUUAGCAACCAAUUAGGCUCUGUAUCUUUCUAUGGAUGCAUCUACACAAUACUUAAUUGUAUAUACCCAUUUUCAGCCAACAACUUUCUUCCCUAUCAGGAGAUACACAAGUUCUUGAGUAUUAUUUUUCUCUAAAGCCUUCAUCUCUUCAUUUCAUAGCUUGUCUCCACUUCUCAUGAGUAAAAGCCUCAAAAUAGUCUUUGGAGGUAGAAUUUAGGUUAGAUACAAAGGUGUUAUGUGAAGGUGAUAAUCUAGCAUAGGAUACAAAAAGUGCAAUAAGAUAUCAAGGUUUUGAGUACAUUUUCUUACCCCUCUUCAAAGGGCAAUAGGCAAGUUUUCAUCAAUAGGUAAGGUGGUGGUGUGAGAUGUCUCAUUUGACUCAUCUUAAGACGACUCUUGAACAUGUAUAGAUUCUAGAGCAUUUCCCUUUUUUCUAGAAUAUACUUGGCAAAAUCUUCCUCUUUUGGGUUCUUUAUUGAGAAUAGAUUCAAGAAUAGUGGUUCGAUGGGAACAAUGGUGGAGUCUGGUAAUAAAUUCGAGGUGGGAAGUAAAAAAAUUAAUUUCAGAUCCUCAAACGUUUGAAUCUUCUCAUGAUGAUUCAAUGUAUUAUAGUAUGCUUCUUUCUCAUUGAAGGUAACAUCUCUUGAAACUUAUUUUUUUUGUUAGAAUAUCCUACAAAAAUACAUUUUAGAGCUCUAAGAUCUAAUUUAUCUCUACGUUGUUCAUAAAUAUGAACAAAGUAUGUACACCCAAAUGCUUUUGGUAUAAAGUUUGUUUUUAAUAGAAUGUGAGGAUAGAAGAAAGGUAACUUGCCAAUUAGACUUUUAAGAUUUAAUGAUUUAGUUGUUAAUUGAUUUAUAAGGUGGGCAGCCAUAAGAACCUCACCUCAAAAAUAUUUCAGUACAUUAUUUUGAAUAAGGAAUGCUUUAGUCAUCCUUAACAGAUGACUAUUUUUUCGUUCAGCCAUCCCAUUCUUUUGGGGUGUAUAAACACAUGAUGACUCAUGUAGUAGACCUUCCUUCUGGAAAUAAGAAGUUAAGGUUUGAUUGAAGUAGUGUUAUUGGAUCGAAAUCUCUUAACUAUUGUCUCAAUAUAUGUUUUUACUAGAGAACAGAAUUGUAUGAGUGCCAUACUAAUGUUGGAUUUAUUUUUAGGCUAAUAAAUGAACGUCAUUCUUGUAUAGUUAUUAAUAAAAGUGAUAAACCACCUAGCUCCACUAGUGUUAGCUGUGAGUGCAAGCCCUCAUACAUCACCCAUGAAAAAAGGGUAUUAAACAUUUCAUAUUGUUUUAAGGAGAAAUAGUUUUCUAAUGUCUUAUGAACUCACAUACUUCACACUUGAAUUCAUAUACAUCCAAGUUGUGAAACAAAGAUGGAAACAAGUUUUUUAAAAGGGGUGCACCAAUCUUCGAUGCUGAAGCCAAAUUUUGUCCAUUUUCGAUAGAUUAGGAUCCUUGAGAAUGUUGUUUUGAUCUACUGCUAUGUUUGACUAACUUGGAAGUUCUAGAUAAUAGAACCCACUCCAUUCUCUAGCAUAUCCAAUCGUCCUCCUAGACAUCUUGUCAAAAAAUAGAUAACUGUUAGGGUCAAAGUCAACAUUACCUAGGUCUCAUUUGAGUUUGCUAACAGAUAUGAAGUUGGUGGUUAGCAUAGUGAUAUAAAAUACAUUUUCAAAAUAAUGCAUGGUGAUAGGUAGAUGUUUCUUGUUCCGAAAAUCGUGACCAAGGAACCAAUGACUGUGGUAAUUUUCUUAUUGGUUGGAGUAAGGGCAUAAGAGUUGAAUAGAUGAGAAGCAUAGGUUAUAUGUUCUGUGGUACUUAAAUCGAAGAUCCAAAGUGAGGGUUUACUAUUUAUUGAGGCACUCAACCCAAUGAAAGUUGGAAACUUACUUGAACAAGCAAGUGAGCACAAGGCUUGUGUACCUAGAAUUGUGGAGGUUCUUAUAUAAUAGCUUGUCCUUGAUCUAAAGUAUUAACUUCUUGUUGUGCAACAGUGAUGUGUGCUUGAUCUCCAAUCUUAUGCUGUCCUUUUUCUGUCCCCAUUUGUGAUUUUGAGAUAUCCCAUGUAAUAUAUAACAUUUUUCAAUUGUGUUCCUUAAUUUACACCACAAAGUAUCUCUAAAAUUAUUACUAGGAGUCCUCUCUUGUCUUGAAGGUUGACCUCUAGUUUUAGUAUUGUUGUUGUCAUAAUUCUUGUCAUUUUUAGCCACAAAUGCUGAAUUGUCCACAUUUUAGGAACCUAGGAUUAGAUUCCGACGACUUUUUUCCUCCCUAUCCAGGGAGAUUACUUCAUUUAGAAGAGGUAGAUUCUCUCUUCCUAAGAUUUGAAUUCUGACUUGAUUAUACUCAGAAUUCAGUCCUACGAGGUAUUCAUAUGUUUUAUCUCUUUCUGUUUCCUCUCUAUACAAAGCUGCAUCAAAUGGAUCAUUCAUAUCAGUAAUUUUAUAUUGAUCAAAUUUCUGUCAGAGUGUUCUCACUUCAUGAGUAUAUUAUGUGAUUAAUUUCCUUCUCCUCAUAGUCAUCAUCUUAACUUUAAUUCAUAAAGCUGUGUAGCAUCUCUUUCAUGAGAAGUUUACCAUAGGGAAAUAUGGUACCCGGAUUGUAGCAUAGCCACUGUGUAGGGAGGGGACGAUGCUUGAUUUUUCACAGAAAACGAGAAAAGAGAAUUGCUUAAUCUGGUCUGUGUUUUAUGUUUUUCUGUCUUUGUUCACUGGAAAUGUCUCAUGGAUAUGAGGAAAUAACUCUCUGUAGAUCGUAUAAAAUUAUCAAUUAUACUUUAAAGUUGCAUGCUUAUCAAUUCUACAUUCAAAUUUUAAAGUUGCAACAUGAUAUCCCAAUUCUCUGGAAUUUGUGGUUUUGAAAUUUUCCACUGCCACGUGUACUUAUGUUCAUUUGAACCAUCACUUCGCAUCUCUGCGAAUCAAAAAUUCAUGCUGUUUACAUGUUCUCAAUGUGUCACCUACUUGCAGAUAUUAAUUGAUGGAUUCCCUAUGAAUGAUCUGGAUAAAAAAUGGCUGAGAGAAAGAAUUGGAUAUGUGGGUCAGGUAGAUAUGGAUUCCCCAUCCUCACAUGUACUUGCUCUGUGUUUGUCAUGCAUUCUCAAUCCUUGUCUGUUUUGUCUUAUGCAGGAACCUCGCCUUUUUCGAACAGAUGUUCACUCGAACAUAAGUUAUGGUUGCACGAGAAAAAUUACUCAUGAAGAUGUGGAAUUGGCUGCUAAACAGGCAUUUGCCCAUGGGUUUAUAUCAUCUCUUCCCAAUGGGUAUGAGACACUUGUGGGUGAUGGUCUGCUUAGUGGGGGUCAAAAGCAGCGGAUAGCUAUUGCAAGGGCGAUUCUUAGAGACCCGGACAUUCUGAUUCUUGAUGAAGCUACCAGUGCACUUGAUGCGGAGAGUGAACAUUAUGUAAAGGUAGUUUCUCUGGAAUGGCUCUCCUGCCCCAGUAAAGAUACGAAGAAAAAUUAUUUCCAUGUAAAAAGUUUGCACCUAAAUGUGAGAAAAGAUAUCCAAAUUAAUCUUUUUUGGUUGUGGAAUUACACAGGAACUUCUUCAUGAAUUUCGAAUCAGCUCCAAGAAAAAGAGAACAGUCAUUGUUAUUGCACAUAGGUGAAAAUGCCAUCCGUUUUUCCUUUCCUUGUACUUUAUUCUCCUGAUUGUGGUUGAUAUACAUUUGAUUGUGAUGGUGUUGGACUUCCUUCACUUUAUAUAUUGAGGAAUGAGAAGAGAAAGCCUCGCACUGCGGGAACUUCUUUGCUGGAUUAUUCAGAUUGAGCUGGUGAUGAUGUUAAUUGCGUGCUCUGUAUUGUCCCUGUUUUUGAGAGUUUCUUUAAGAAAAAAUAGUCCAUAAUGUAAGAAGAUUUUUGGAUGUAGAGGAAGAGAUAGAAGAAUGAUGGAGAUAAGCUUUGACAUAAUUUGGUCCUAGGAAAAACGGCUGUUUAAACCUGAAAAGCUCUCUUGGUCUACUCAAGAAUCAUAUACCGAUGCAAUUAUAGCUGCAACUUAACCAUGCAGAGUAGUGUUAGUUGUCUUGAAUUGUUCACAAACGGUAAUCCUUUAAACUUGUAACAAGAUAUUUGCGCUUAUAGUAGUGUGUAUUGGCGACCAUCAUUAUGCAGUAAAUCCAAUAUCUGUUAUUAUUUGAAGCGGGGCAAUAUAUGUAACUGCAUAAGUUUGAUUUUAUAUUUUGUAUGUCUUAUGUUUAUUUUCCGAUCGCUAAUCUGCAUGCAUUCCCACGUAUGUAUCUUCUAAUAUCAUCGUGCUCCACCAUAUGCAAUUUCUCUCUAUUUUUCCAUUAUUUAAUUUUUUUUACAAAAUUGAUUUUUUUGCAUCAUAAAUUUCAUCUGAAUUCUCUAGAUCUUAAGAUCCAUUGUUUCAAUGAGACAAAGUUCAUUUUUAUUUACGUGAAAAUUAUCUCAGCCAUAUAACUGAGUGAAUAUCAUCAAAUUAAUGCUAGAAAAUCAAUCAAAAUACUAAUCAUUGGCUGUUUUUCAGAAAACAUUGGGCUCAGUUAAGCAUUCUCCUUUUCUUGGAUUGGUCAAAACACCAUUUUUAGCUUUUUCACACUCCCUAACCCGGAUCAGCUAUAUUGAUAUGGAUUUUCUAUUUUAACUUUUCUUAAAAUCUUAACCCAUAAUCCCUUAUCACGCAAUGACUCUCAUACUGGCUUCUUCUCACAUACUCUCCUCCACCCUCUCUGCUGUGUCCGUAGAAGUAAGUCACAGCAAGGUAUUCCCUUCUAAUAGUUAAUUUUUUUUUUGUUAGGUUAUCAACAAUACAAUCUGCGGACAGAAUAGUAGUCAUGGAUGCUGGCGAAAUUGUUGAGGUAGUUAUCAUUGCAUAUAAAAUCGAUCAUUUUAUCAAAUAUUUCAUGAGAGCCCAAAACGGGAUCUACUCUCCUCAUGCAGGUGGGAAAUCACAGGCAGCUUCUAUCAAUUAACGGUAGAUAUGCUCAAUUAACCAAACGGCAGUCAGAUACGAUUGACUAA